GUAUAUAUAAGUUUGUGAAGAGAGAGGGUUGGUUAUCCAAUUAUCAUUGAUAAAUAAGAGUUGGGAGAGUUAUAGCGUCCAUAUAAUUAUUAUUAGAGAGUUCAUCAAUGGCGGAGCCUCAUGGAGACAAGACUCGAAUUUCCAAAUACAGCAAAUUGAGGUGCUGCAACAUCGACUUCCCAAGGUACCACAAUCGACUCGGUAUUUCCAAGAUGAAGGUCUCCCGAAUGGGAGUUGAGGACUACAAUCGGGCUGUUCAUGUGUGGAUUUUUGCUGAGAGUACACAAGAAUUACUUCUUCAACUACGUAGUGCCGGCAACUGCCAGGAAUCGUGGCCUGGGUUAUGGAAUGUAUCUACUGCCGGUCAAAUAGCUGCUGGGGAUUCAUCACUUGUGACUGCUAGGAGGAAGCUUCAAAAAGAGCUUGGAGUUAUUCUUCCAAAGGAUGCAUUUGAAAUGAUAUUCGAUUCUCUUCGUGAGACGUUAGCGAAUAAUUCCAAUGUCCGCAUCACAAAUGGUGAAAAAAUUACGGAUGUGUAUUUGGUAACAACAUUGGAUCCAAUCCCUUUGGAGGCUUUUACGCUUCAGGAAUCAGAAGUUUCUGCUGUUAAAUAUAUCCAUUAUUUGAAGUAUAAAAGCUUACUUGGAAGUCAAAACUCUGAGUAUGUCCCAUAUGAUGUCGACGGGCAAUAUGGUCAACUUUUUGACAUAAUUACACAAAGGUACAAAGUGGACAAUGUGGCACGGAGUUUGACUUUAAAAAAGCAACUACAACGUUAUGCUUCUGUUCCACUCAAUGUUGAGUUGGCAGGGCUUACAGAUGCAAAUAAAGAGGUUCUAGCUUUGGUUAUCAAAGCUGCGGCAUUGAUAGAUAAAAUAUUUCACCUGCAGGUUUGGUACAGUAAUCCAUAUUUAAGAGAUUGGUUGGAGAAUAGUGCUGCUCUAUCAGAGUUAGACGAAUUGAAGUGGGCCUAUUAUAGGAUUAAUAAGACUCCAUGGUCUUCCCUCGAUGAAAAUGAGGCAUAUCUGACUACUGCAGAUUCGGCAAUAAUUUUGGUUCCUGAAGCCACUAGGCAAGUUAGGGGGUGGAAAGGCCUGGAAUAUAAAGCUGCAUUUCCAUCAAAGAUACCUCCUGGUGCAAACUUCUACCCGCCUGACAUGGACAAGAUGGAAUUCGAAUUAUGGAAGGACAGUCUGACAAAGGAUCAGCAAAGCUUUGUUACAGGAUUCUUCAGUGUCAUCAAAAGACGCAGUGAAUAUAAUUUAGAUUUGUCUAUUUGCAAUGGCGGUCUCGAUAGCACAAAUCACAUGGAGGGUUCUACUUUUGAUUUGUAUGGCAUACCUUUUUCCCAAGAAUAUAGUUCUUUCCUAUCAAAAGCUGCUGAGUUAUUGCAUAAAGCAGGGGAUAUAACUAGCUCUCCCAGUUUGAAGAGGUUAUUGCAAACCAAGGCCAGUGCCUUCCUCUCAAAUGAUUACUAUGAAUCAGAUAUAGCAUGGAUGGAAUUGGACUCAGAGUUGGAUAUUACCAUUGGUCCGUAUGAGACUUAUGAAGAUUCAAUUUUUGGGUAUAAGGCUACAUUUGAAGCUUUCGUUGCAAUUCGGGAUGAUAAAGGAACUGCUCAAGUAAAAUUGUUUGGGGAUAAUUUGCAGGUCUUGGAACAAAAUCUCCCUAUGGACGAUGCAUACAAAUCAAAAAAUGUUAGUGCCGCUCCAAUCCGUGUUGUUCAGCUUGUCUAUAAUGCUGGGGAUGUUAAGGGUCCUCAGGUUGUUGCUUUCAACUUGCCCAAUGACGAGCGAAUUGUGAAAGACCGAGGAACAUCAAUGGUUAUGCUUAAGAAUAUUUCAGAGGCCAAGUUCAAGCAUACUCUUCAGCCUAUUGCUGAUGCUUGUAUUACGAAUGAGCAACGUGGGUUUGUGGAUUUUGAUUCUUAUUUUACUCAUGUAAUUUGCCAUGAGUGUUGCCAUGGCAUUGGACCUCAUACCAUAACACUACCGGAUGGUAAAGAAACUACCGUGAGAUUGGAACUGCAAGAACUCCACUCGGCUAUGGAGGAGGCAAAAGCUGACACUGUAGGCCUUUGGGCACUGAGGUUCCUUACCCUCCAGGGCUUGCUACCAGGAAUGUCAUUGAAGUCCGUAUAUACUACUAUCCUAGCAGGAUGUUUCCGGUCAGUACGUUUCGGCUUAUCAGAGGCUCAUGGAAAGGGACAGGCGUUGCUGUUCAAUUGGCUAUAUGAGAAAGAAGCCUUCAUUUUCAAUUCAGAUGAAACUUUUUCUGUUGAUUUUGACAAGGUGGGAGAUGCAGUUGAAAGCCUGAGUAGGGAAAUACUAACCAUACAGGCAAAAGGUGACAAGGAGUCAGCAAAUUUGCUUCUUCAGAAAUACGGUGUUAUAUCAGAACCAUUGAAAGUAGCAUUGCAAAAUUUAGAACGAAUCCAGGUACCCGUGGAUAUAGCUCCUGAGUUUCCGAUUGCCGAAGAAGUAUUGGGAAAGAAGCGGCCUUUUUGCUGAAGGACUACCGGAGGCAACUUGGAAUAAGAUAACUAUGGUGGUGUGUGAUAAUAUUUUGCAUGUACCUCCCAUCUUUGGGGAGUAGUUAUUCUGUUAAUAAAAUGCAUUAAUAUUUCCAUUGUCCAUCAGGUAGCAAUUGGGGUAUUAUUGCUUGGUGUGCAAUAAUAAAUUGGAUGUAUCUCCCAUCUUUGAGGAGCAACUAUAUUUUCAAAUAAAAUGCAUUGAUGUUUCCAUUGCC